CGUGCGGGCGGCGCUACGGGGAGACGGCUUGCGGGGUCGGCGAAGUUUGCUGGAACAUGGCGGAGGAGCCCGGGGCGCGCGGGAGCGCGGCGCGGCGGCGGCCGGGGCCCCAGGAGCUGUAGCCGCCGCAGCCGCAGCCACUGCCGCCGCGGGGAGAGGUCGCCGCCAUGGCCCGCUGGAUCCCGACCAAGAGGCAGAAGUACGGGGUUGCGAUCUAUAACUACAACGCCUCUCAAGAUGUGGAGCUCUCCUUGCAGAUUGGAGACACGGUUCACAUCCUGGAGAUGUAUGAGGGUUGGUACAGAGGAUAUACCCUCCAGAAUAAAUCUAAAAAGGGGAUCUUCCCUGAAACUUACAUCCAUUUGAAGGAGGCAACCGUGGAAGACCGAGGGCAGCAUGAGACUGUGAUUCCUGGGGAGCUCCCGCUGGUCCAGGAGCUCACGUCGACGCUGCGAGAAUGGGCCGUCAUCUGGCGCAAGCUCUAUGUGAACAACAAGGUCACACUCUUCCGCCAGCUGCAGCAGAUGACAUACAGCCUGAUCGAGUGGCGGUCCCAGAUCCUUUCUGGAACCCUCCCCAAGGACGAACUAGCAGAGCUCAAGAAAAAGGUCACAGCCAAAAUCGAUCACGGGAACAGAAUGCUUGGGUUAGAUCUGGUGGUGAGAGAUGACAAUGGGAACAUACUGGACCCAGAUGAAACCAGCACCAUUGCCCUCUUCAAGGCCCAUGAAAUGGCCUCAAAAAGGAUUGAGGAAAAGAUCCAAGAAGAAAAGUCAGUUCUUCAGAACCUGGACUUGCGGGCCCAGUCUGUCUUCAGUGCCAUCCACACCUACGGCCUCUAUGUGAACUUCAAGAACUUUGUCUGCAACAUUGGGGAAGACGCUGAGUUGUUCAUGGCCCUCUAUGAUCCAGACCAGUCCACCUUCAUCAGUGAGAAUUACCUGAUUCGUUGGGGCAGUAACGGGAUGCCCAAGGAAAUAGAGAAGCUUAAUAACCUCCAAGCGGUUUUUACUGACCUCAGUAGCACAGACCUCAUCCGGCCCCGCAUCAGCCUCGUGUGCCAGAUUGUCCGGGUGGGCCACAUGGAGCUGAAGGAGGGCAAAAAGCACACAUGUGGGCUCCGAAGACCUUUUGGAGUAGCAGUGAUGGAUAUCACUGAUAUCAUACACGGGAAGGUGGAUGAUGAAGAAAAGCAGCAUUUUAUUCCCUUUCAGCAAAUUGCAAUGGAAACAUAUAUCCGGCAGAGACAGCUAAUCAUGUCACCCCUGAUAACAUCCCAUGUGAUUGGGGAGAACGAGCCACUCACUUCAGUCUUGAAUAAGGUGAUAGCAGCAAAGGAAGUGAAUCACAAAGGACAAGGACUUUGGGUAUCUUUGAAGCUUUUGCCAGGUGAUCUCACACAGGUUCAGAAGAAUUUUUCGCACUUGGUGGAUAGAUCAACUGCCAUUGCCCGAAAAAUGGGAUUUCCUGAAAUAAUACUUCCAGGUGACGUGCGGAAUGAUAUAUACGUCACCCUAAUCCACGGGGAGUUUGACAAAGGGAAAAAGAAGACGCCGAAGAACGUGGAGGUGACCAUGUCUGUGUACGAUGAGGAGGGCAAGCUCUUGGAGAAAGCAAUUCAUCCUGGUGCUGGAUAUGAAGGCAUUUCAGAGUACAAAUCAGUAGUCUAUUACCAAGUCAAGCAGCCCUGUUGGUAUGAGACUGUCAAGGUUUCCAUUGCUAUAGAGGAGGUUACUCGCUGCCAUAUACGAUUUACCUUCCGGCACAGGUCAUCUCAGGAAUCCAGAGAUAAAUCGGAGCGGGCCUUUGGCGUGGCCUUCGUGAAACUGAUGAACCCGGACGGUACCACUCUGCAGGAUGGGAGGCAUGAUCUGGUGGUUUAUAAGGGUGACAACAAGAAAAUGGAAGAUGUUAAAUUCUAUCUGACCCUACCGGGAACCAAGGUCGAGAUGGAAGAAAAAGAGCUGCAAGCAUCCAAAACCCUGGCCAACUUUACCCCAAGCAAGGACAGCACAAAAGACAGCUUUCAGAUCGCCACCCUCAUUUGCUCCACAAAACUCACCCAGAAUGUUGACCUGUUGGGCUUGUUAAAUUGGCGUUCCAACUCCCAGAACAUUAAACACAACUUAAAGAAGUUAAUGGAGGUGGAUGGAGGCGAGAUUGUUAAGUUUUUGCAAGAUACACUAGAUGCACUUUUUAACAUAAUGAUGGAGAUGUCAGAUAAUGAAACCUAUGACUUCCUCGUGUUUGAUGCACUGGUGUUCAUUAUCUCACUGAUAGGAGACAUCAAGUUCCAGCAUUUUAAUCCUGUCCUUGAAACCUACAUCUACAAGCACUUCAGUGCCACUCUGGCUUACGUGAAACUCUCCAAGGUACUGAACUUUUAUGUGGCGAAUGCAGAUGACUCCAGCAAGACAGAAUUGCUUUUUGCUGCUUUGAAAGCCCUAAAGUACUUGUUUCGAUUCAUCAUCCAAUCCAGAGUACUCUACUUGAGAUUUUACGGCCAAAGUGAAGACGGAGAUGAAUUUAAUAAUUCAAUCCGCCAGCUAUUUCUCGCUUUCAAUAUGCUCAUGGACAGGCCCUUGGAGGAAGCCGUCAAGAUAAAGGGGGCAGCUCUGAAGUACCUUCCCAGCAUCAUUAACGACGUCAAACUUGUGUUUGAUCCCGUGGAGCUCAGCGUGCUCUUCUGCAAGUUCAUCCAGAGCAUCCCUGACAACCAGUUAGUUCGCCAGAAACUGAACUGCAUGACCAAGAUAGUGGAGAGCAGUCUUUUCCGGCAGUCAGAGUGCAGAGAUGUGCUGCUGCCGCUGCUGAUAGACCAGCUCAGCGGCCAGUUAGAUGACAACUCCAGCAAGCCCGACCAUGAGGCCAGCUCGCAGCUUCUGAGCAACAUCCUGGAAGUACUGGACAGGAAGGAUGUGGGCCCCACUGCGAUGCACAUCCAGCUGAUAAUGGAGCGGCUGCUGAGAAGGAUCAACCGGACCGUGAUUGGGAUGAGCCGACAGUCUCCCCAUAUUGGGAGCUUUGUUGCGUGUAUGAUUGCCAUCCUGCGGCAGAUGGACGACAACCACUACAGCCAUUACAUCAGCACUUUCAAAACCAGACACGACAUCAUUGUAAGUUGUCUCCGUUGGGUCCUGGUAACUUUGAGACCUCUUAUAUCCGGCCAAAACAAAAACAGAAAAAGUUGCCUUCUUUAUCUGGUAUUUUCCUCCCACAGAGUUUUCCUCCGUGCGAUAAAUCAGUUUACCGAGGUUCUCACGAAGCUCUUCAUGGAUCAGGCAAGCUUCGAACUUCAGCUCUGGAACAAUUACUUCCACUUGGCAGUAGCAUUUCUCACCCACGAAUCCCUUCAGCUUGAAACCUUCUCUCAAGCCAAGCGCAACAAAAUUGUCAAAAAGUACGGGGACAUGAGAAAGGAGAUCGGCUUCAGAAUCCGGGACAUGUGGUAUAACCUGGGUCCCCACAAAAUCAAAUUUAUCCCUUCCAUGGUGGGUCCCAUUCUUGAGGUCACCCUGACCCCUGAGGUCGAGCUCCGGAAAGCCACCAUCCCCAUUUUCUUUGACAUGAUGCAGUGUGAGUUCAACUUCAGCGGGAACGGCAAUUUCCAUAUGUUUGAGAACGAGUUGAUCACAAAGCUGGAUCAAGAGGUGGAAGGGGGCAGAGGAGAUGAACAAUACAAGGUCCUUCUGGAGAAACUGCUCCUAGAACAUUGCCGGAAACAUAAGUACCUUGCCACCUCUGGAGAAGUGUUCGCAUUCCUGGUCAGCAGCCUGUUAGAGCACCUGCUGGACUACAGAACCAUUAUCAUGCAUGACGAGAGCAAGGAGAACCGCAUGAGCUGUACUGUGAACGUGCUGAAUUUUUAUAAAGAGAAGAAGAGAGAGGACAUAUACAUAAGGUACUUGUACAAGCUGCGGGAUUUGCACCGAGACUCUGAAAACUACACAGAAGCCGCCUAUACCCUCCUCCUCCACGCCGAGCUUCUGCAGUGGUCGGAUAAGCCCUGUGUACCCCAUUUGCUUCAGAGGGACAGUUACUAUGUCUAUACCCAGCAAGAGCUUAAAGAGAAGCUGUAUCAAGAAAUCAUAUCAUACUUUGACAAAGGCAAAAUGUGGGAGAAGGCCAUCAAACUGAGCAAAGAGCUGGCCGAGACCUAUGAGAGCAAAGUAUUUGACUACGAGGGCCUUGGCAACCUGUUGAAAAAAAGAGCCUCGUUUUAUGAGAACAUCAUUAAAGCAAUGAGGCCUCAGCCUGAAUACUUUGCUGUUGGAUACUACGGACAGGGCUUUCCUUCUUUCCUCCGGAACAAAAUCUUCAUCUACCGGGGGAAGGAGUAUGAGAGGCGAGAAGACUUCAGCCUGAGGUUGCUGACCCAGUUCCCCAAUGCUGAGAAGAUGACCAGCACCACGCCCCCGGGAGAAGACAUCAAGUCGUCCCCAAAGCAGUACAUGCAGUGUUUCACUGUGAAGCCGGUGAUGAGCCUGCCACCCAGCUAUAAGGACAAACCAGUUCCGGAGCAGAUCUUAAACUACUACAGAGCCAAUGAAGUGCAGCAGUUCAGAUAUUCCAGGCCAUUCCGGAAAGGAGAGAAGGAUCCAGACAAUGAAUUUGCUACCAUGUGGAUCGAAAGGACCACGUAUACAACUGCGUACACAUUUCCUGGGAUUCUCAAGUGGUUUGAAGUCAAACAAAUUUCAACGGAGGAAAUCAGUCCCCUGGAGAAUGCCAUAGAAACCAUGGAACUCACCAAUGAGAAGAUCAGCAACUGUGUUCAGCAGCAUGCCUGGGACCGAGCCCUCUCUGUGCAUCCCCUCUCCAUGCUUCUCAGUGGCAUCGUAGACCCGGCUGUCAUGGGGGGCUACUCCAACUAUGAAAAGGCUUUUUUUACAGAAAAGUACUUGCAGGAGCAUCCCGAAGACCAGGAGAAGAUUGAGCUGCUAAAGCGACUGAUAGCGCUGCAGAUGCCUCUGCUGACCGAGGGGAUCCGCAUCCACGGGGAGAAGCUCACAGAGCAGCUAAAGCCGCUGCAUGACCGCUUGUCUUCUUGUUUCCGGGAACUCAAGGAGAAAGUGGAGAAGCUCUACGGUGUUAUAACCCUGCCGCCCACCUUGACUGAGAGGAAGCAGAGCCGCACGGGGUCUAUCGUACUACCCUACAUCAUGUCAUCCACGCUGCGGAGAUUGUCCAUCACCUCAGUGACUUCCUCGGUCAUUUCCACCUCUUCUAACUCAUCUGAUAAUGCUCCUUCCAGACCAGGAUCUGAUGGGUCAAUCCUGGAGCCACUUCUGGAGCGCAGGGCUUCGUCAGGUGCCAGAGUUGAAGAUCUGCCCCUCAAAGAGGACAGUGAGAACCGGAUCAGCAAGUUCAAGCGAAAAGACUGGAGCCUCAGCAAGUCCCAGGUCAUUGCAGAGAAAGCGCCAGAACCUGAUCUGAUGAGCCCAGCCCGAAAAGCACAAAGACCAAAGAGUCUCCAGUUGUCGGACAAUCGGCUGACGCCAUUUCAUGGUUCUUCACCUCCUCAGUCAACACCCCUGAGCCCACCUCCACUCACUCCAAAAGCUACCAGGACCCUAAGCUCCCCGUCUUUGCAGACAGAUGGGCUGAUGACUACUACUGUCCCGCCUCCCCCUCCCCCCAAAAGCAAACCCUACGAGAGCGGCCAGAGGAACUCUGCAGAGAUUGCCCCUCCACUGCCGGUCCGCAGAGAAGCCAAAUGCCCACCUCCACCUCCUCCCAAAGCCCGCAAAUCUGGCUUCCUUGCGUCUGAGCCCGGAUCCCACUAAGGGUCUUGCCAGGUCUCCAGAACUCUGAACACCUUGAACACCUUGAACAGCCUAAGAGGAGGCCCUGUCCUCGUUCCCCAGGGCUCCUUGCUGACCCCCUUCCUGAUCUGGGGUCAGCUGUGCCGCCUCCAAACUGGUGGUUCUUUGAAAGGCUACUGUGAAGGAAGCCUAAGCACCGCCCCCACUCCAGUCUGCAUGGAUUCCAGAAUUGGUCAUGUCCUCUGUCUUUCUCAAAGGAGAGAUCUCUCUCACCGUUAUUAAAUUCAGCCUCCAGCCCAGAGCUGCUGCGGCCUACAGAUGCCUGGCUACAUUCUUCUGUGGAGGUCGUUGAGCAACCCCAGGAACCUGCACCUUGGAAGGAUUUGUGAAAAGCUCUGCUUGAGACUUGAUUUUCUCACGUGGACACACCGUGUCCCGAAUAACAUUGGAAAAGACACGCCUCAAGUACUUCAGUAGUUGAAAUAAUCCUACCUUUCUGAUGUCUGCUUAUGUCUUCUUUAAGGAAAAGAACAUCUUUGUAAUGAAGAUUGGUAACUUUCAUGUAUGAAUAGCUAUCAUUGGUGAAAAACCAUGGACUCGACUGUGGGGUCUGAGCUCCUGCCAUGCCCCCUCCACCCCGACCCCAGACUGGCUACGUGUGGCACAGGAACCCUCCCGGGAGUCCCUCACACUCUCAACUAACCAGCCCUCACCACACCGUGUCACUCCUUCUUGCUACAGACUCCCUUGAAGCUCUUUCUUUUACCUCUUCUGAGCUCACAUCACUGGACAGAAGGGACUUCGAAGCCCGGGUUCAACAGCUUCUCUUCCAGAUCCCAUUUGGUUGGCUCAGUGACCCCUCUCUGCUACCCGAUAUUACCCUGGAGAAUAUAGUGCAAUAUCUCCCUUUGAUUAUUUAUUCCUCGUGAUUGUGGAAUUAAUUUGAUUACAUGUUCACGGUACUAAGUCCGUAGUCCUUUCGGAAGAAGAAAUGGGCUUAUUCAGAUGAUUGGAUAUUACGUACACCUACACGAACCACACAAGGUUAGAGACGUUUUGAGCUAGAAGGGCCUUCACUAAAGGUCAUACAAAAACCCCCUCGUUCUGUAGACAAGGAAACUGAAGCUAAACACAGAAAAUCUGCCUACAGAUUCUUAUUAACAACCCAGCUUGCUAAUUGAGGCUCUAUCCCCAGGUAACACUUAGAUCAAGAAGACAACCCUGACGAACUCCGUGAUGAAUUCCUACCCCUAGUUGGGGUGACGGUGGAAAUGUCCCAGAUGUUUCUAUACUACUUUGACAUUUAUGGCAAAGUAGAAAGCUUUUUGUGGGUCCCCUAGGUCAGCAUGUGGGGAAGCUCACAGGGGUCCCUUCCGUAACUGGGCCCAGUCCUCUUCCCCACCCACCCUGCCCUGAGGUAGAGAAAAGAAAGAGAUUUCACCUCCAAGAAUCCGGAUUUGCUGGCCUGCUUCUUGGUAUACCUGUUUCAACACCACCCCUCU